UUGAAUCAUCGUUAUUUUGCAGUGACAAGCUGUGUGAGAACACGAUCAUGGCGUGGAUGUGAAUAUUGUAAAGUGUUAAUAGAUACCCAACAUAAAGUGCAAAACAACUAUCGGGAAAUUCUAAACAUUAUCGUAAGAGAAGGGAAAGAAUUGCAAGCGAUUUACAAUUUGCAAAGUCAAAUGUAUCAGUUGUGCUCAUCAUGCCGUGCAGUGCGUCAUCUUCCAAAUUCUUAUUUUCCACGCGUUCUUAACGAGAUUAUAUGCGGUGAAAGCUCAUGUAUACGUGGUGAUGGACGAUGUGCUCAAAAAUUUCUACCUCUCAAGGUUAGUGAUAACGAAAGUUAAGA